AUGAAGUCUAAUUAUAAACAGGGAAAACUGAACUAAACUUUUAAUCAGGACUUGGAUAAUGAUUUUCUGAGGCAGUCAGACCAUAUGCGAGCAAAUAGUAGUCUAAAAAAUAACUAGAAUGACCAAGCAUUGUCUUCUAUUAAAUCACCUCAGCACUCAAAAUUGCACUCAAUUGAUCAUGCUAAUCCCACAUUUUAGACUAAUCAAAAAUAAGAGACUAAGACUAUGGGCUAAUAAAAAUACUAAAGUGUGUUUAAUUUCAAGCAGUCGCAUACUAUCAAUCAGGAUGAACUCAAGAAAGAAUUAAAUUUACUAUAAAAUGAUGAUGAAAAUCAUAGGGAAAUGUACCAAACUUAAAAAAUCUUAAAGGGCUAUAAGGAAAGUGAUUAAAUAUCUAGACUUCAUAAGCAUAAAGAAGAAUAUUACUCUCUUUAGAAUAACAAAGACGAUCUGCCAGAUAAUAAUAUUGGUGCAAAAGGAUCUAAUUAUAUAAAUUCUGAGAGUUUUGGCAAUCUUAAUUAGUCACAAAAAUCUAGAGAGCAAAUAUUAAAAUCUAAAAUUUCAAUCAACACCUAGUAAAGAAGCGAGCAAUUACAAUAGGUAUCUAGAAACGCUGUAAAAGCUAAAGUCAGGGAAUCAUCAAAAAGUUUUUUAAUUCAAAAUUUUCAAGACUAGCCUGACAUUUUGACAUCACUAGCUGAGAAAAAAUAUGGUUUUGGGGAAAUAUAAUAAGAUAAUUUGCCUUAAUAAUAGUAGAAACUUCAAUAGUAUGAUGUAAGAAGCAGUUCUAACCAAUUAAAUAUACAACAGAUAAUGAAUGUGACUCUUCUUGAUAGAUUUCAAGGUCUCUUAAAUAUGAGAAAAAUAAAUAAAAGUAAUGAUGGAAGGAAUAUAGGCGGCAAUCAAAAGGCAUAUGAUAAACAAAGACCUAAAACAAUGAUGAGGAAGAGAAUAGUUCAUCAAUCCAGACUAAGUGCUUACAAAUAAGAUCUCACUCCAUCUAAGGACAGAGUAAUCAGAAUAAAUAAAAACAGUACAAGUCCAAAGAGGAACUCAUAGUAAGGAACAAUACAUGCCUUAUAUAAUACUCAUGAGAACUUUUUUACUGAACCAAAGAUAAAAUAGUAAAGAUUGCCUUCACUUUAGCAGAGAAUUAUGAAUGAAAAUCAUAAAAGAAAUAGCACAUCAGUUUAGACUAACCUAGAUAGCUCAAGGCAAUAGGUUUAAAAAGUAAAACUGUUGAUUAAGUAAAAUGAGAAAAGUAUCAAUCUAGGAACUCUUUAGGGGAAUAUAUAAAGAGAAAGUAGGAAUUUCUUACCCAAAAAGAAGGUCUAGAACAAGACAAUGAUGAACUUUUACAGAGCAAACUUAGAUGAGGAGUUAUUGAAAAGUACUGUAAACUCAAACAGCCCAAUCACCAGCAAUAUUUAAAGACCUAUGACUAGAAUAAUGAAUGGAUCAUUCGGCAGAUAAAGAUAGAGCAUAAGGCCCAAUGUCAAUGAGCAAAUCAAUGUAGUAAAAAUGAGGAAUUUACUUGAGUCAAUGGACUAACAGGUGUAGAACUUAAGAUACUAAGAGUAUCUGGCUUAAGUUGAGGAUCUUAACAAGAUAAAAUCAUACUUUGCCAAUAAUUAUCUAAGAAUGACUGAGGAAACGAGAAAAGUAAUGAUAGACCAUAUAAUGAGUCGCUAGAAAGAAUUAGAAUCUAUAACUUUGUAUGAAGUAGCUUGA